AUGAGGUGCUCAUUUCUGUCUGCUGCUCUAGCAGCCUCGACCUUCCUCGGCGCCUCUUCGGCCAUUUCUAUCCUCCUGGGCAACGAUGAUGGCUUUGGAAGUGCUCAAAUUCGAGAAUUCUACCGCUUGUUGAAGGAGAGCGGCCACCAAGUUGUCAUGGUAGCCCCGGCUGAUAACGAGAGUGGCCAGGGUGGUCGAUCUGUCUUCACGACCAACAAGUCGCUUGCUGUAAACUCGGAGUUCGACCUCAUCCCAGCUGGUGCACCGUCGCUUGGUCGGGACCCUAACGACGCAAACAUCUGGUACUACAACGGCACGCCAGCUGCAUGCACCUUUGUUGCGCUCGACUACGUGCUUCCCAAUUUCUAUUCCAAUCGAUCUAUUAAUCUCUACGUUGGCGGCCCGAACUUCGGUCUCAACCAGGGCUACUUUUUCUAUACGCUGUCCGGUACUAUUGGUGAGUGUACAUACGCCGCAAUCCAGCGAAAUAUUCCAGGAAUCGCCUUCUCCGGAGGCAACAGCGAGCAGCGUUCUUACACGUGGAUCAACAAAACGACGGCCUCUGGCUACCCCGACCCGGCGACAAUUCAGGCCCAGCUGGCCACCAACCUUGUCAACCAGCUUGUCAAAAGCGCUCAGGGUGCCACGCCGCUGAUGCCUACUGGCUACGGACUCAAAGUAAGCUUUCCAACCGAUAUGGAAACCCCCCGAUCAUUGAAGGAUACGCGGCUGGGCGGCGGUGCCACGAUCGAUAAAGCUGUCUACAACGCAACCACGGGAAUAUUCACGUACGAGAACCUGAUCACGGACGGCAACAACGUCUGCAUCAACUGCAACUGCGCCUUGCCCAGUGAGACCCCCGUCGUGGACAACGGAUGCUACGGUUCGGUGUCCGUCUUCUCGAUCGACUAUGAUGUUCCUAUGGGACCGGCGCAGCACCGCCUCCGAGCGGCGUUGCAACCGUUGGUGGCGUACGAGAACUCAGACGCGAAGAUGAUGCUGAAGGCAAGAGAGUCGAUGAGCAGUAAGUCAAUUCUCCCUGUGAAAUGUGGGGCUCCUCUCUGA